AUGUACUUUUGUGCCACCCUUAAUCACAACGGGCAUAAGUGUGUAGCACUAGCUGAAGCUGCUUCAAAGUACCGAAAAGAGAUGGAAGGACUUGUCACCAAAGCCAGCUCUCAAGCCGAAAAGAUAAAAGCUGCUGAAGCUCAAGUUAGGAGAGCAAGUGUUUCUAUGAACGAGGCUUGCGAAGAACAGCGUGCUGAACUUCAAGGGUCUUUUGGAGAAGUAAGGCAUGUCUUUGUUAUAGGGUCGAAUUAUUUCCUUAUUACAAGAACCCUAACAAGUAUUAGUCAGUAUUUUGGUUUUUGAUUAACGGCGUAUGUUAGCAGUUACUGCGAUAAGAAAUAAAAAAGCACUCAAAGUGACAUGCAGAAACUAAUGAUUCGGGCCACUGAACUCUCGGACCAUGAUUGAUUUGGAAUAACACUAACUAAUCAACUGUUGCUUAUAUUGAAAUAAGAGUUAAUAAUCCAAACUUUCGCCGAUAAACGGCAUCAUUGAGGGAUAAUACUGAAAAAUUUUUGCACGGAAUAUUCCUAUUAGUUUUAAAAUACAGCUUGCCGAAGGACAAUAUGCAAAGAUUAACUUUGGAAUAGUCUGGGCAUAUAAUCAUAGCGUAUAUAUGUUUUCUUGUAGCUUCAUGCAGCGCUAAAUAGCCGAGAGCAAGCUCUGAUGGAUAAGCUGGUAAGCCUACUUCAACACAAGGAAUCCAUCCUCACGGGUCAGCAAGAUCGUCUGCGAUUAAACCAAGCAUGUUUAGAGAGUGCAGUUCAACAAGCAAAAUCCUCCAUCCAAUCUGCUAGUGAUGUUCAGUUCCUUCUAAGCAGGCCGGCUAUAGUGUCUACACUCAAGAACAAAGAAAGCUACUCUUUGGUGCUUGAGCCAGAGGCCCAGUUUUUACCGGAGUUCUCAAAGGAACAGGAAAGCAAGGUGAGAUUUCAAUAACUGUGACCAUAGUCUCCUCUAAUAACUAUGCUGUGACUUAAGUUCUAGCAACAAAUGAAGACUUUGUCAAAUACCUUGUCAAUCUUUUGUAUAAGAAUUUGAUGGCCUUUUGUUAUGAUAAGUUUAAUGCAGAUUUUUUCUAUUUUUACACUGUACUUUGCUCAAUCAUUUGUCCAUUUAUGAUAAUUUUUAUUGAUAACUAUUCAUGUCGCAUGUCUUUUGUAAUUUUUUAAUAAUACUUUUUAAAAUAACUUUUUAGAUAAUUUUAUUAUACUUAAUUUAUUCUCUAGAUCUAUUUAUGAUGCAACAAUAGAUGGCUUAUUUUUAAGGAGUCUUGUAUUCUGUCUUAAGCCUACCUCAGAUUGAUCGAUUGAUUGGUUUAAUUGUCAUUGUAAUUGUAGAUCUGAAACUUGAUUAAAUUUAAAUUUUAAAAAUUGUGGCUGUCGUUUAUGAAAAUUUAGAGAGCAACUGGAAUUUAUAACAAGUAAAAUUGAAUAUUAAAAGUCAGUGAUGAGAUCAUUCGUUAUUGAAAAUCAAGAUUACAUUUUUAUGUAACUGUUGAUUAAGUAACUGCAAUGAUCUCUUUUAUUUCUCUUCUGGCAAGGCACGUUUUCACUCCUUGAUCACCAUGGCGACCAUAUUUGAUCCAUUUGACAAAUUAAAGAAAACUAUCGAGAGGGCAGGCGACAUCAGUGACAGAUCAACCUGUGCAGCAAACACUACUGCAAUCGGCGAGGGGACAAAAGAGGCAUUCGCUGGAAGGAAGGCGACAUUCACUAUUUUUUCUCGCGACAGCCAAGACCGACAACGCAAACAAGGUGGCGACGUUUACGCUGUGAAACUAAUAGAGAGAGGAUUCGAAAUCAGAAAUGUGCAUGUAAAAGACCAAAAGGAUGGAACCUACUCGGUAGAAUAUUUUGUCGGCAACUUGGUUGGUAAAUUGACAUUGUCCGUGUGCUUGCGAGGUGAACACAUCAAAAGCAGCCCUUUUUCUGUACUAGUUAAACGUUAG